AUGGGGAGACGCUUUGUAUCCGAUGAGAUUGCUAAAAGGGAUAAGGAAACAGGUGAAGUUAUGGAUGCCGAGGAGACUGGUGUUGUCGAGAAAGACGACCAGGAGACGAUGCUGUACUUUGACCACAUCCUUCCGUUCCGGACGAGCGUAUGGGAUCUGAAGCAGUGGCUUGCCACGUUGUUUGUUGCUGAUAAAAGACCGGAAGCUAUAAAGGCCCAUGUGGCGAAGUUGGCCAAUCCCAAGGAUGCCAACGGUGUGGGCUCCAUUCCAGGCUUGGAGAUUACGGAUGUUGUUCCCAUGAAGAGGGACGGUGGCGCGUUUAUCAAGUUUAGGGUGCCUUCUCACUGGGUUCUUGCUGAGUUCAAUCAAAAGAUCCAAAAGAACAUCCUGGAACAGACUCAACAUGGAAUUGCCAAUUGGCUGCAACAGCCUAUUGCAUUCCAAGUUAAGGGUAAACCGUGGGUGGAGGAUCUCAGAAGAUACCCCAACAAAACCAUCAAGGUCAAAUAUGAAGGACCUGCCCUGAGUGAGGAAGAGCUCUACUCGCUCUUCAGAAGAUACGGCACCAUCAUAGAUAUCAUUCCAGACAGCUCGGUGGCAACAGUGUCAUUUGAGAGCUAUAGAGGUGCAAUCUGUGCAAAGAACUGUAUCACCGGUAUCACGAUUGAUGGAACAACGCUCCACGUUCAGUAUGAUAAGAACACGAGAAAGAACGCCUUGUGGGACUUCAUCGUCAAUCACAACAAGAUCAGUAUGCCUCUGAUCAUUGCUCUCUUGGCAGCACUAGCUGUGAUGAUUUUUGACCCGAUCAGAGAGUUCUUCAUCGAGAACAAAAUCACAAACAGGUUCUCCAUUGGAGAUAACCAUGUCGUCAAAUGGCUCAACAACAUUACAAACGUUACAAUGACGCGUAUCCAUGACAUGCUGGGACAGCAUGUCUCUAACGUCAGUCAAAGACAGCUGUGGAGUGAGCGUAUGGACAUUGUGAAGGAGCUGAAGAUGUGGCUGGAGGAAAACGUCAAUACGUUCAUUGUGGUUCGUGGUCCAAGAGGUUCUGGUAAGCAUGAAUUGGUUAUGCAACACGCGUUACAUGACCAUAAGGAUGUGCUAUAUAUUGACUGUGACAAGCUGGUCAAGUCGAGAAAUGACACUGUCUUCAUCAGCAAUGCUGCGCAUUCCAUUGGCUAUUUCCCUGUUUUCCCAUGGCUCAACUCCAUCUCCAGUAUCAUCGAUUUGGCAUUACAAUCAUUGACUGGUCAAAAAUCUGGGUUGAGCGAAUCAAAGGAAUCCCAAUACAGAAACAUGCUCUCUACUGCCCUUGUUGCCAUUAGGGACAUCUCCCUAAGAGGUUAUAAGCCGGUCAUUGUCAAUGGAACAGAGGAAAUCACCGUCAAGGAGGAAGAUUAUCUACAGCAACAUCCAGAAAAGAAGCCUGUUAUUGUGAUUGAUCGUUUCACGACUAUGAAUAGGGCAGAGUCCAACAAUUUCGUCUAUAAGGAGCUGGCAGAUUGGGCUGCCUUGCUGACGUCCAUGAACAUUGCACAUAUCAUCUUCCUCACUGAAGAUGUCGGUUCACAGACACUUCUGAGCGAGGCUUUACCGGACCAGGUGUUCAAGUAUGUGCUGUUGCAAGACGCAUCUAAAACAGCUGCUAAGGAGUAUGUCAUGAGCUCAUUACAUGAGGAUGUGGAUGAAGAAGACUCCAAUGACAGUCCUGAUGACAUUGAGAUGAAGAAGCGUAUUGCUGAGAAGAUCUCUCUAUUAGAGACGCAAGUUGAUCAAUCUUUGGAUCCUAUCGGGGGUAGAAUGCUUGACUUGCAAGCUUUUGUACGUCGUGUUAGAUCAGGUGAGAGUCCACAUGAGGCUCUGGGUCGUAUGGUGCAACAGACUGCUGAACAAAUCACGCAGAUCUUCCUUAACAAGGACCAAGGUGUCUCAAAUGCACAAGCUUGGGUCUUGAUUAAGAUGCUAGCAGACAAAGAGUUUGUCCAAUACAAGGAUUUCAUCAAUCAUCCAUUGUUUAAGUCUUCGCCUGAAACCUCUUUGGUGUCAUUGGAGCAGCACGGGUUGAUUUCCAUGACUCGUGACCGUGGUGUCAUCUGUGACAUCAGACCAGCAAAGCCUUUGUUCAGAGCUGCUUUCAAGAAUUUGUUGGAUGAUAGCAACACUUAUAGUGUGCUAGAGACUGCUUAUCUCUAUCGUUUAAUAGCAUUUGAGACUGGUAAGAUUCAGAAAUGGGAGAAGGAGUUGGAGAGCUUAGCAUGGUAUACGAAUAAGAGGGAGUUUAACAGCAGAAUGCAAUACUUGGCCAAUAAGAUUGAGGGCUCUAACUCGACCAUUCUUGAUGCUGAAGAACAAAUUAAGAAGUUGAAAUCGAUUAUAACGAAAAAAUAG